GGGGCAUUUAGUGGGUGGAAAGUUAUCUUAUAUGUUGACCAAUCCCGAGAAGCAGGAUUCAAACGCCUUCUUCAGUCAGGAGGAGCAAAGGUACUACCUGGUCAUUCUGUACCUUUAUUUAAAGAAGCCACACAUCUCUUUUCUGACUUCAAUAAACUGAAACCAGAUGACUCAGGGGUUAAUAUAGCAGAAGCUGCCGCCCAAAAUGUGUACUGCUUAAAAACAGAGUACAUUGCUGAUUAUCUGAUGCAGGAAUCCCCUCCUCAAGUAGAAAAUUACUGUCUGCCAGAAGCGAUUUCAUUUCUUCCGAAUAAUAAGGAACCUGGGCCUGGAUUAUCACAGAAGAGGAAAGCUCCUACAGAGAAAAAUAAAAUCAAACGACCUAGAGUAAACUAAUCAUGUUUACUCUUUAGUCACCAAACAUUAGUAUUUUAAUUAUAAAAAGCCUGAAUGUUACUGUCUUGGAUUUGCAUAGUAAUUUAAAGACAAGCGGCUGUAGAAGAAUUCAGCUUCAGAGUAUAAUGAUGACCUUGCUUGUAGUUAGUUUUUAACACCUGAAAUUUUAAUCACUGAAAUAUUAACUUUUACCUGAAAUAACAAAACAAAUCCUCAGCCAUCUUGUCAUUAAACCACAUUGAAGUGUGUAUGGGGCUGUUUAUUUAAUAUCUGAGGCUGUAGCUUAGUGGAAGUUUUAGUAAGGUGAUGGAUUUUACUUUAAAAUGCCAGCUUUAAUUCGUAACAAUAAGGAAGUUGUCAAUUGGGAUUUUUUCAUGUUUUCCCUGAUUCUUCUCACCCCUUUCCCUCUUUUUAACAGGAGCCUGAGUACAAGGUUUGAGGAACUGAGGCUUUAAACUUAAAUAUGUGAGUGUAUAUAUGUAUAUGCAUGUUUGUACAGAUCUCCAUGAUGUUUGCCAAGUUUGGGUGCCAAAACUUGGAAAAUAAUAAAUAAAAGUGACUCAAAUUAGUUAAGUUUUUAAAUGCAAA